GGCUGCCUGGUUGUCGGUGGAGAUCUUUGAAAUCCCAGUUACAAGUGUGGACUUAAAAGCUCUUGGAACAGAACAGCUUCCGUUGAAUAAUCAUGUCUUCUAUUUUCCUUUAUGUUCUGCUAGCUCUGUUAUUUUUGUCUCUAACUCCACAAAGAUCUGAUGGGCAGCUAGAUCCGGAAUGGUGCAUAGCAGAUGAGCAGACACCAGAUGAGGAUCUGCAAAUGGCGAUGAAGUGGGCUUGUGAAGUGGGAGGUGCCGACUGCAGCAAGAUACAAGAAAACCAAGACUGCUACUUACCAAAUACCAUGCAGGACCACGCCUCUUAUGUCUUCAACAAUUACUACCAAAGAUUUAAGAAGCAAGGAGGAACUUGCUACUUCAAUUCUGCUGCAUUGGUCACUGCCCUUGAUCCAAGUCAUAAUUCGUGCAAGUUUGAGUAUCUUCCUUGAGGAAAGCGUGUGAAGAUUUGGGGUAAAAGUUGUUAAGAUUUGCAUGUGGUAUCACAUACAUACAGAUCCAAUGAAAAUUUUAGUUUCUGUUCAAUGAGAGGUGCCUCAGAUUAUUUUUCCAAACAGUGUUGUGAUCGAUGCAUUGACUCUUAGCAAAUUUUGUAUGGGCUAUGCUUAAACUAGUUAGUAGGCUUUGGAUUCA